AUUCACCUAUUAACACUGGACAGUUGAUACACACACUGUAACCGCCUCUUCUCUUCUCUCUCUCUCUCUCUCUCUCUCUCUCUUCCGUAUUUCAUUUCGCCAUUAUCUUUUCUACUCCUGGAAACAUCCCUCCCAGCGCCGCUCUCUCUCUCUCUCUUGCAGCAUGCUCAGCAGCGGAGCGGCAUUUUGAUUUGGAUGAGCAACCCGACAACCCCUCCCGGAGUUUCUUGGUUCUCGGUUUUCGAGAUAGAGCAAGAAUGGCGAAACGCUGGAUCAUUCUCCGCCUCCUGUCCGCGGCGGUGGCAGUGCUGGUUGCCGCAGCUCCGGCCGAGUCGGCGAUCGGUGUGAACUGGGGUACCAUCACCCGGCACAAGCUGCCGCCGCCUAACGUGGUGGAUCUCCUCAAGGACAACCAGAUACGGAAGGUGAAACUGUUCGAUGCCGAUCCGGGUGUGCUCAGGGCGCUCAUGGGCAGUGGGAUUGAGGUCAUGGUCGGAAUUCCCAACGAGAUGCUCGCCCUCAUUUCCUCUUCUUCAUCCGCUGCGGAUUCCUGGGUUUCCCAGAAUCUCACCAGAUACAUGGUUAGAGGUGGUGUUAAUAUCAAGUAUGUUGCAGUUGGGAAUGAACCUUUCCUUACAAGUUACUCUGGUCAAUACCAAUCCUAUGUUCUCCCUGCUCUCACAAAUUUACAACAGUCUUUGUCCAGAGCAAAUCUUGUGGGGGCUGUAAAGCUGGUUGUCCCUUGCAAUGCUGAUGCAUAUGAGUCUGCCGCCCUGCCAUCACAAGGGACCUUCCGAUCAGAUCUGACCCAAAUAAUGAAUCAGCUUGUUUCAUUCCUGAACUCUAAUGGUUCACCAUUCGUUGUUAAUAUAUACCCAUUCCUCAGCCUCUAUGGAAAUUCAGACUUCCCUGAAGACUAUGCAUUUUUUGAUGGGACAGCACAUCCAGUGGUGGAUGGCCCAAAUGUCUAUUAUAAUGCAUUUGAUGGAAACUUUGACACUUUAGUUUCAGCUCUCUCCAAAAUUGGGUAUGGUCAGAUGCCCAUAGUUAUUGGAGAGGUGGGUUGGCCUACAGACGGAGCUAUUAGUGCCAACCUAACUGCUGCAAAAGCUUUCAACCAAGGUCUAGCAUAUCAUGUGCUUGGCAACAAAGGAACCCCUUUGAGGCCAGGGGUUCCUCCUAUGGAUGUUUAUCUUUUUAGUCUCCUUGAUGAAGAUGGAAAGAGCGUUCUUCCUGGCAAUUUUGAGAGACACUGGGGCAUAUUCUCUUUUGAUGGCCAAGCAAAGUAUCAAUUGAACCUUGGCAAUGGUCAGUUGAAGAAUGCCAAAGAUGUCCAGUAUCUUCCAUUUAGGUGGUGCAUCGCAAAACCAGAUAGAGAUCCUUCAGCUGUGGCUAACCACUUCAGAAUUGCAUGUAGCUUUGCCGAUUGCACUACCCUGAACUAUGGUGGAUCGUGUAACGGGAUUGGAGCAAAGGGAAACAUGUCAUAUGCAUUUAACAGUUAUUAUCAGUUGCAAAAGCAGAAUCCACAAACCUGUGAUUUUGAUGGCCUCGGGAUGGUCACUUUCCUGGAUCCUUCAAUUGGUGAAUGCCGAUUUCUUGUUGGGGUUGAAGAUGGCAAAUCUUCAGGAUUUAGCUUGCAAACCUGGUGGAUUAUAACAGUACUGAUAAUUGUUGGGGGUUUCUGGUUAUCUUUUACUAUAUGAUUAGGGGUUUCUCUAGUGGGGUUUUCAGAGUUCCCUCUUUAGAAAUGUGCUAUAGACUAAAAUAUGAAAGAUACUGCACAGAAUAGUAUAUAAGAUUAGAAGCCAUUCCAGAGAUGUAGCUAGGUCUAUUUGUACACGUUCAGUGCGUGGCAUUUGUGUGGUUAUGUAUUGUAUGAACUAGAUGAUUU